GCGCUGGGCCGGGCUUCGGUUUAGCCGGCCGCAGUCACGCCGGCUACCAGGAGGUGCCAGUCUUCCUCCACGGCGGCGACGGCGGCUACGCCAGGCUGCCCGAGCUGAAGGGCCAGGGCGCGUGCGGCGCCUGCCCGCGCUUCGCGGCCUGCGGCGCGCUGCUGGUCUGCUGCCUGCUCUUCCUCUGCCCCGUCGGCUGGCUGGCGGCGCUCGACCAGGGCGCCGCGGCGGAGGACCCCGCGGGGGCCCUGGUGGCGGCCGCGGCGGAGCUGGAGGCGGGCGCCUCGCCCGCCCAGGCCGGCGCCGCGCCCGCCGCCGUGAGCGCCCUUGCGGCCUCGACCACGAGUCCGCCGUACGACUGCUACAGCGGGGAGUACGCCUGGGACCGGGGCUGGUCGCCGGAGAGGCUGAAGUGGUGCUGCGAGACGCUCGGCGAGGGCUGCGACAUCAAGGAGCUGGCCGAGGAGGGCCUGCAGAGCGAUUCAGUGGCCUCUCAGCUCUGGGGCCUAGGUGCAGCCAUGGCCGAGGCCAGCACCACGAGCACUUCUAGACUCAGUGGGCUCACGGGCUCGCGCAAGAAGACCCAGCUGGAAGUGCUGCAGCACCUGGUGACCAAGCACAUUACGGACCCGUCCCUCAUAAACCUGGCGAAUGCGAGCGACUUUGGGAUCACGUCCACUGAGCGUGGCAUCUCCCGCUACGAGAACACCCACCUGGUGGCAGCGUUGGACACGCUGUUAGCCUACCAGCGCGACCGGCGUGCCAAGGCGCUCGGCGGUCUCGCCAUCAUGAGGAGGUCGUACACACACGACCCCCGGACACGAUUGAUAGAGCUCCUGAAGCGGUGGUUGCGGGCCAGCGCACCGAACAAGGACGUUCUGGAAGAGGAAGUGCACAGAAUGUGCAUGCUUUGUCGUGACAUCCUCAAUCACCCAAACCUGUUCCCGUCUCGCAACACUAGAAGCUUCAUGCAGACGCUCGCGGAGGUCUACCAGCACCUGCAGGUCCAGCUGCGGGAAGUGCUGGAGAGAGACCGCACGUGCGCGGAGCUGGCAGUGCGGUGCCUCUCCCUGAGCAGGAACCUCAUCGCCGACGCCAUCAUCUUCCUGCUGGUGGCCACCACUGACCUGGGGAAGACGGACAAGCUGCCGUCGGUGGAGGUGGUCGCGCUGUGGCAGUCCCUGCCCAGCGAGACGAACCCGCUGCCGAGCCGCGCCGAUGUGGCGCUGCAGAAGCUCAUGAAGGAGGGCUGGCAGACCACGUGCGGUGCGGUGGUGGCCCGACUGCUGAGCAUGCCGUCCACCUUUCGCGUCUUCGACUCCGCGGGGGCCGAGGCUGAGGCCCAGGCCUCGAGCGGCUUCACGGCCGCGGGCGGCGCCACGGGCUCGACCAGUCAGCCGGCGACGGCGGCGGAGACGGCGCUGGUGUCCGCAAUCGCGGCGGACAGCGUGACCACUUUCUUCGCGGAGGUCCGGCAGGAGCUGGAAAGGGACGCGCUCAAGGCGAACUCCGGCUUCGCGGGGCCCUUCCGGGAGGCCCGGCUAAAGAAGUUCCGGCUGACGUUCGUGGACGCAGCGGAGACCGUGUUCCACCUGGUCUACCUUCUGGGCGAAGUGCUCGUGCACUUCCAGAGGAUCAGCGACGGAAUGGGCGAUUACGGCAUGAUCCGGGUGGCUCCGUGGCUCCACCCGUUCUUGGACGCGAUCGUGGAUAAGGUCCUCGGGCUGAAGGGGCACCUCGCCACGCUCAACGCGGGCAUGGACACCGAGCUGGUGUUGGCGAAGGCGCGAGGCCAGAAGGUGAAGAAGCCCAUCCCGACAGAGAUCCAGCUCAGCCGAGCGCACGGUGCCAUCGAGCGCGCCGUCACGGCACGGGAGAGCCACUCGGCGCUGCUGGCGAAGGCCAUCGAGGACCUGCGCUCGCGCUCGGCGCCGGAGCGCCUGCCGCACAUGGUCGAGGGGAUACACGACGCCUGCAUGCAGCUGGAGCACGUGUUCGCCUCCCCGCAGUUCCGCGAGUGCGUCGGCGACGCCUUCCCCGACCUGCCGGCCCUGACCGAGAUGGCGGCGGCGCGGACGCAGCCCACGCUCUUCGACGCCGACGACGGCCUCGCGCUGGCGGGGGAGGCCUUCGAGGGCAGCGACGACGAGGAGGACAAGCAGAGGGAGCGGUCCUGGCUGUCCUCCUCCGCGAGCGGGCGCAGGCAGAGUACGGGCUCGGGCGAGGGCAGCAGCUGGCGCCACCGCGAGAGCUCGCUGCGGCGGCGCGCCUACGACACGGUCGUGCAGGGGCUGGGCUGCAGCGCCCCUGGAGCUAGCCAGAGCCAGGAGGUGACGCUAGCUGGCAGGUUCCCUCCAGAGGACACCGGCCUCCCACCUGACGGCUGGGUCUGCCGCCAUGGCCCCGGAGGCCGUAUCAUGUGGCACCACACGUCGCUGGGCCCGGCGCCGUGGGAGUUGGAGCAGACCGAGGCCAGCGCCACGCCUUCCGCCGUCAGCCCUCGCUCCGUGGCCUCCGGGCCCUCGCCCUUCAAGCCGCCACGUCCGCAGGCCGCGGCCUCGCCCUUUGCGCCCGCUUCGCGGGAGCGGCCGGCGCCGGUGCAGUGGCUGGACCUGGACGAGCGCGAGUCGCCCCGGUCGCAGAACACCGCGCCGCCACAGCCGCAGCUGGACAGGGAGGACACGGACGCGCAGCAGUGGGUCCCAGCGCCUGCUGCGGCGCGCCCAGCGGCGGCGGCGGCCAGCGCCGCCUCCUCUCCCGCGCCGUCGCAUUGCACCAGCCCGAGCCUGCCUCAGUCGGGUUGGUCGGGUGCGCCACCCUCGCCGCCGUGCCUCUCGUCACCGACCAGCCUCACUGCGGAAGUCUAUAGGCUCGCCCGCGGGUCGGGGGGCAUCUCGCAGCGCCACGACCGUCGAAGACUGAUCCUGGAGGGCUGCAAGUUGCAUGUCUGCGAGCCUGGCUCGGUGGACCAAGUGAAGUUUUCUCUGGACCUCGCCAGCGAGAUGAGCGAGGCACCCAUGGCGCGCCCAGCGGUCCUCUGCGCCGCCGCGCUGGCGGCCCUGGCACUGUGCGGCGGAUCGGGCUUCGUCUCCGGCCCCGCCGCGCAGCAGCCGCGAGAGGCCAGAGUUUCGGCGAGCGUCCUACGCAACAACCAGUUCGAGGACAUGACUGCCUACGACGCACCGAGGCGCAAGCCGAACUUCAACGGCAUCCGCACUGGGCUCAGUGACCUCCUGAAGCCCCUCAACAGCGAGUACGGCGUGACCGCCAAGGAGGACAGCCCCGCCACGUACGUGGUGCUGGUGUUCGCGAUUGUCAUGCUGUUCCUGUUCUACACGCUGCUGCUGCUGAUCAACAACCAGUCCGUGCUGCUCCCGCCCGAGGACGAGUUCGACGAGUACGUGGCCAACUUCCUGCCCUACUUCUUCUUCGGGGAGCGGUGA